GAAGAACCAGUCUAACAGCAAAGUUGUAAACAAAAACGAAGACGUGAAAACAGAAAAGAACUAGAAGUUGGAGAAUGCUUGUGGAAUGUUAAAUGACUUCACCAGUUAGUGAAAUGACCUGGUUCACAGCAGUGGAACUGCCAUGGCAGAAAGCAGCACCGUAUCAACAGUUGAAGAUGUCAAUCCAAGAAAACUGACUGAUCAAUCUGUAGAGCUCUGGAGCACAUCUAAUGUUAAAUCAUGGCUGCAAGGAAAUAGUCUACAGAAGUUUUGUUAUCUUGUAGACAAAUAUAAAAUCACUGGCAAGGACUUGGAGCAGCUGAAGUUAGAUUUUCUCAAUGAUGUCACCAUAUCGGUAGAGGACAGGGAAGUGUUUUUGUCGGAGAUCUACCACUUGGUUAAACCCGCGGGCUCGAACAUGGCAAACUCCCCCGACGACCGUGAGCCUCGUGACUCCUGGGAGCGGGAUAAGUACCUGGCAGCUCUUCAAGUGGCUCAGGUCCGCAGAGCCAGAAGCCAGUCGUCAUCUGUCCUCCUCUGUUCAGAAACAAGCUCAUCGUCUCCAAAACUACGCUCAAGACGCUGUUCUUUGUUUGAUAGCCUCAAGUUAUUUGGUCCUCAGUGCAUCCAGUGUGUGCAGUUGAAUCGCUCAGACAACGGGUUUGGAUUCACCUGCAGUCCAAUGAACCAGGGACUUGUUACUGUGUUAAACAUCUCCAGCCCCAGUGUUGUGAAGAAAGGAGAUAUAAUUCUAGAAAUGAAUGGAAUCUUGUUAAUCAGGGGUGAUAACUCUGUGGAAGUGAUAGCAGAACGAAUGCUGAGAAACUCUCAGUGUCUGCAGUUGGUGUAUCUGAGAGAAAUGAGAAAUGAUGUCAUGAAAACUGCUGAAGAUAGAAACAUACACCAUGAGCUGUGUGCAUCAGAAAAGAAAUGGCGCCAUCUACAGGAUAUGUUGUACAGUAUGAAAACUGAUCCUGUUGAUACCGUGGCGCUGCUGUCGGAAAUACCAGACCAGCAGAUCUGGGACAUGAAACGCAAGUAUUCAGAGCAGGCUAAUAUUGAUGAAAUGAAGGAGGAAUUAGCAGAGAAAGAAAGUACAUUAAGUGAUCUUCAAAGGGCUCUAGUUAUGAAGAGUCAAGAAGUAAAAAUGAUGGAGACACAGAGAAAUGCAGCCUUAGUGAGACUUCACAGUCCUACAGAAGCCAAAGCCAAUGGUCACAGCUCUGAUGUUUACAAACCAUUGUGGGAGAAGUUCGAAUCGGCGGAAGUCUCAAAGGAAGACAUAUUGAAGUCACUGAAGGAAGUGAUGUUUGAGGCAGGACAGCAGAAGUUAUACUUCGAUCAUCUCCUCUCGGUGGUCAUUCAGAGAGCUCCGGAACUUCUCGAGGAAGUCGACACCAGUGUCCAGGAUCUCUCCAGCAACCAGAGUUCAGACAGAGAAGAGUUUUGUUGACAGUAUAUCAGCUGUGUUUAUCGCCAUCUUUCAGGAAUCUGUCUAGGUGGCAGUCACUUGCAUUUACAGAUGAGGAUCUCUUCUAGGUGUUCAAGAUUAGCUUUUAUAGAAGAGAAUUGUCUAGAUGUUGAAGAUUAGCUUUUGUAGAAGAUACUCUUUUCUAGGUGUCAAAGAUUAGCUUUUAUAGAAGAGAAUUGUCUAGCUGUUGAAGAUUAGCUUUUGUAGAAGGUAAUCUAUUCUAGGUGUCAAAGAUUAGCUUUUAUAGAAGAUAAUCUCUUCUAGGUGUCAAAGAUUAGCUUUUAUAGAAGAUAAUCUCUUCUAGGUGUCAAAGAUUAGCUUUUAUAGAAGAUAAUCACUUCUAGGUGUCAAAGAUUAGCUUUUAUAGAAGAGAAUCUCUUCUAGGUGUUAAAGAUAAGCAUUUAUAGAAAAAAAUAUCUUCUAGGUGAUGGAAAUUAAUAUUUAUAGAAGAGAAUCUCUUCUAAGUGUUAACAGUUAGUAUCUACAGAAGAGGAUGUCUUCUGGAUGUUAAAAAUUGAUGUUUGUUUAUUUGUGAUCUGCUUAAAGAUGCAGUCUCAAAUAAUGUUGUAUUAUUUAAACAUUUGUGAAAGACCAUCCUCAUUAAUUCUCUUACUAUUGCUAGCCAUUCACUGAUAUUCUUUGGUCACACUAUCUAGGUCACAUAAAUGUAUUAUUCUCCAUUUUAACUCUCAGGUGUAGAGCAUUUCCCCACCAUUUUGUGUUGCAAAAAAAAACUACACCCAAAACAUGAUGAUAGACAUAUAUGUUGUAUGAAGGCAGUUGUUGAUAACGUUUAUUAAACUAUAGAUGUGUAUCUUGCAUUUAAAUAGUAAAUUCUUUUAUAAUUUUAUAACAUAAAGCUCAACAAAAAUGUAAGUUAAUUUUUAUUUCCUCUGCGUAAAAUAUAAAAUUAUUUUAUUUAUCUUUUGAGAAAUAAUAUUGCUGUUUUAACAGUAGGAGAAAAAAAAGCAAACAUUUACAAAUACUUAUUUGUCCAAAUGAUGUUUUGUUUACAUAAUAGUCAGUAUAUAUUUGCACAAUAUUUGUUGACAUGGUUUAUUUUUUGUUUGAAGAAGAAACAUUGACAGAGAUCCACUUUGGUUUUUGGACACUAGACUUAAGUGUUGCCAUAUGAAACAAUAACCACUACAAUAUCUGGUGUGUUUUUUAAAAUGUACCUUAAUGCAUGGCAUCAGAUAUUUAUGAGGAAAUAGCUAAUUUUGUUUCCUAUUUAUUGAUGCUAUGUAUUACAUUGAUACAAUUUUUAAAAAUCUUUCUUCCCCUUUUUUAUGCAUUGGUUUUAAUGAUUGAAUAUAAUAUGUUGUGUGUUAUAAACGAGAACUGGUUAUAAAAAUGUUAGAGGGUCACAAUACGCUAUUGAUUGGAGUUCAUUAUCAACUACCUAGUCAAAAAAGAGGUUUUGUGUCACCUAUUGUAUUCAGUAUGAUUUGUUUUGUCUUUCCAGUGCCUUCGAAUGAUGUUAAAUUGUUUACAAGUUUAAUAUUUAUACAUAAAUAUAUCUACAUGUGAUGGUUCAGACAUUUUUGUUUAUUGGUGAUACUUUUUAAGCAUCAUAAAUGGUGCUGAUCAGAGGGAAAAGUGAUAUAUUCAGAUUCUUGUUAACAUAAAAAUGAAACUUUACUUACUAAACUACUUUUGAGUCUUAUUGGCUGCAUUUUGAUUGUUAUAUGUACAUAUUAUGAUGAAGUCAAUGUACUUCCAUCAGUUUUUCAUCUUGCAUGUUUUGGCAUGUUUGCUUAUUUCACUUGAUAUAAUACUUAUAUUAAUCUAACCUUUUAGUUCGUGUGUCAAACAUUAUCAAUGGAAUAAUGUUUUCAGUCUACCUGGGUGUCUACCUGUAUGAUCUUCUGAAUUAAUUUCAGUAUAAAGUUAGGUGGUAAAUAAACUAGGCUUUCUGCCAGUAAAUAAUUUGAGGGUACAUAAUAAAAACAAGAAGGGUCAGAAGUGCCACUUCUAGGUGGUUAUGGGGUUGAAAUAUUUCGAAAUUGGACACUGCAUUUCAUGUACUGUGAGACAUUUUAAA